AUGCCGCUCGAUGAGGAGUGGUGCUGCAGGAAGUUUGAAAAUGGUCUCAGAGGAGACCUUCGGUUGAUGGUGGCCCCGCUGUCCAUCAAGGACUUUGCGGCCUUGGUGGAAAAGGCCAGGGUCAUGGAGCGUAUGAAGGUAGAGGUGGAAGCCCAACAACAACCACAACAGAAAGUUAGCGGACCAUCUGGGUCCAGGCCACGAGUUGAAGAGAAGAGGAAGCCAUAUGCUAGACCUCACCCACAGCCACAGGGGGAGGGCCACUUUGGUAGAGAUUGUCCUACUCUGAGGAGGACAGUGGCACGACCCUCACCACAGACUCCGAGCCAGACUUCGGGGCAGUCUCAGCAGAGGAAGGGAGGCGGCAGGCCUCAGGCUACAGGUAGGGUUUUUGCGAUGACCGGGUCAGAGGCAACAGGUUCAGGUAACCUUGUGAUUGGUUGUUGUGUGAUAUCUGGCAAGUCUUGUUGCGUGCUUUUUGAUUCUGGAGCGACACACUCAUUUGUGUCAGAGUCUUGUAUGCGAAAGUUGGGUCUGCCGGUGUGUGAGCUACCGUUUGACCUCGUGGUAUCUACCCCGGCGUCUGGGUUGGUUAGGACUUCCUCUGUGUGUGCUAGAUGUCCAGUUGAGGUAGAGGGGCGCGUAUACAUAGUCAAUCUCAUAUGCCUCCCUCUGCAAGGACUUGAUGUGAUCUUGGGAAUGGAUUGGCUCUCUGCCAAUCAUGUUCUCAUAAACUGUCGGGAGAAGAAGCUGUUGUUCUCCAACUCAGAGGAGCCUGAGUUGUUGUCUUCUCAUGGGGUUAUGAAGGAAAUCUAG